UGGGAGCUGGCGCGCAGCCUGCUGGUGCUGCGCCUGUGCGCCUCGCCCGCGCUGCUGGCGCGCCACGAGCAGUAUAACCUGCUGAGGUGUGGAUACCGAGAAUGUUACGAACAUGCCCUCUGCUAUCCCGGGAGAGACCAGCCAUUCACUUCUUUAUCCACUAAGUGGUGAUCAGGCCCCCGCUGGGCUGCUCCAUCUCGCCAGGAGACUUCUGGGGCAAAGGCUGUUCGAGAAGCUGAUGAAGAUGACCUUCUAUGGGCAGUUUGUGGCCGGCGAGGACCAGGAGUCCAUCCAGCCCCUGAUCCAGCACAACAGGGCCUUCGGCGUAGGCUCCAUCCUGGACUAUGGAGUGGAGGAGGACCUGAGCCCUGAGGAGGCAGAGCGCCAGGAGAUGGAGUCCUGUACUUCGGCUGCAGAGAAGGAGGGCAGCGGCACCGGUAAGAGGGAGAGGCAGUACCAGGCCCACCGGGCCUUCGGAGACCGCAGGGACGGUGUCUUUAGCGCCCGCACCUACUUCUACGCCAAUGAAGCCAAGUGUGACAGCCACAUGGAGACGUUCCUGCGCUGCAUUGAGGCUUCAGGUGAAGCCAGCGACGACGGCUUCUCAGCCAUUAAGCUCACUGCGCUGGGGAGACCCCAGUUUCUGCUGCAGUUCUCGGAUGUCCUGACGAAGUGGAGGCAGUUCUUUCACCAAAUGGCUGCCGAGCAAGGGAAGGCUGGGCUGGCUGCCGUGGACACAAGGCUGGAGGUGGCCGUGCUGCAGGAAAGCGUGGCAAAGAUGGGCAUCGCGUCUAGGACUGAGAUAGAGAACUGGUUCACCACGGAGACCCUGGGCGUGUCAGGCACCCUGGACCUGCUGGACUGGAGCAGCCUGAUCGACAGCAGGACCGAGCUCUCCAAGCACCUCGUGGUCCCGAACAUGCAGACGGGACAGCUGGAGCCUCUGCUGUCACGGUUCACCGAGGAGGAGGAGCUGCAGAUGACGAGGAUGCUGCAGAGGAUGGACAUUCUGGCCAAGAAAGCCGCUGAGGCAGGCGUGCGGCUGAUGGUGGACGCUGAGCAGACCUACUUCCAGCCGGCCAUCAGCCGCCUGACGCUGGAAAUGCAGCGCAGGUUCAAUGUGGAGAAGCCGCUCAUCUUCGGCACGUACCAGUGCUACCUCAAGGACGCCUAUGACAAUGUCACCCUGGAUGUGCAGCUGGCUCGCCGUGAAGGCUGGUGUUUCGGGGCCAAGCUGGUGCGGGGUGCCUACAUGGCCCAGGAGCGUGCCCGUGCUGUGGAAAUUGGCUACGAGGACCCCAUCAACCCCACCUAUGAGGCCACCAGCGCCAUGUACCACAGGUGCCUCGACUACGUCCUGGAGGAGCUGAUGCACAACGCCAAGGCUGAAGUGAUGGUGGCCUCCCACAACGAGGACACGGUGCGCUUCACACUGCGCAGCCUCCAGAUACCGCUGUCAUGGAUCAGGCUCUACCCUGCAGGCCGCGGCUGUGCUUCUGCUCUGGGCCUGGGGAGCCUUCCCUGGGGAAGCAGUGUGGGUCUCUCUGAUGCCGCGCAUCGGGGGCCUCACUCAGACAGCCUAUGUCAGCCUUGGCCAAGUAACAAACCAACCUAAGACUCAGGCCUGAACAAGUGUGUUCUGUGGAUCAGCAGUGGGGGCUGGGCUCAGCUGGGGGCUGCUUCUGCUGGCCUUGUCUGGGGUCCGUCCUGAAUCCGUGGUCAGCUGGGGCCUGGUUGGCUGUACAUGGCCUCAUUUGUGGCUGGGACAGCAAAGGGGACUGCAUCACAUGUCCAGUGUCCAACACGCCAGCCCAGGCUUCACCACAUGGUGGUCUCAGGCUUCCAGAAGCCCUAGAGAGGGCAAGCCUCUGCCCAGGUCAUGUUUGCUCUUGUCCUGUUGGCCAAAGGAAGUCAUGAAGCCCAGCCCAGACACGAGGUAGAGAGAGCCGCCUUCUACCCUUGGCAAAGCUGCAGUCACACAGCAGAGCGCGUGGACACCAGUAGGGGAGUGGUCAGCAACCGUCUUUGCAGAACGCUACAUGAGUGUCCCCACCACCACCAGCCAGGCAGCAACACGGUGGCAGCGCUGCUCACGUGGGGUUCAUGUUCUAGUGGAGACAAAGAUGCAUAAACCGGAGACCAGGGUGACAUGGUGACAGGCCCACUCUAGACUGGGUACCCGCCAUUGGAGCCCAGCUCUGAGGGAAGGAGAGGAAGGGCCUUUGGGACGAGCCUCACGCAGAGUCCAGGGUGAUAUGCACUUGGUGCUCUGGGAGCCUGGGGCCAAGACAGUGAGGAGAAGGGAGGUGGGCCUGGGUGUGGCCGGG